AUAACCACAAUUCGUUGACAUAAGACUUAUAAGACAUAAGUUCAUAAGCUGAUACUUUUUAUUUUUUAUCAGAAUAUUUUUUAUAAAUUCUCAGAAGUACAUUAAAAUGCUUUAUCUCUUUUUGAUAUGGGGAAAAUAAAAUAAUAUCUAAAGAAACGUUGAAACGUUAGAUACUUUUAAUCGAAAUCUAAACAAAACGUUUUCUUCCACAAAGUAGCAUUUUUUCUUAAAAUAAGAGCCUGUUAUGGACAAUGCCAACGAAACCGUGAUUUGCGAAGCCAAGGACCCGGUGAAAAGCCAGGAAAAUCCCGAAAUUUCCACGGCAGUGAUAGAUGAAAAGACUUCGCCAGAAAACUCAGAAUAUGACAGUGUGGAUAGUUACAGUGAUGAGGAACAACCUGCCAUUAAGGCUAGAUCAAAAGCCUCAGGACUGGAUUCACACUCUGAUACAGAAGGAAGUGUAAUUCUUGAACGUGAAGAAGGUGAUGGUCAAGAGAGUGCACCUAAUAAAAAGGUUGACGAUGAUGAAGAUAAGAAAAAUCCCCAAUAUAUUCCGAAAAGAGGCACAUUUUAUGAACAUGAUGACAGAACUGCUGCUGAUAUAGAAGCUGAAGAACCAGCUGAAGCUGACAAGGACAACAAGAAGAAAGUUUGGCAGGACAAAAAGGAGAAAUGGAAGCACGAUAGGUUUAUUGAUCAAGAACAAGCACCUAAGAGUCGUUCUGAACUUGUGGCAAUAUAUGGUUAUGAUAUUAGGAAUGAAGAUGGACCUCCUCGUGCACGAAGGCGCAGAAGAUAUGGUCGCGGUCCAAAUAAAUACACAAGAACAUGGGAAGAUGAAGAUGCUUAUAAUAAACCAGCUCCAGUUAAACCAAGGAAGUCAAUACAAAGUCGAGGACCUGCGCGAAUGGGCAAGAACAAUGAAGAAUUUCCUCCCUUAGGUGAUGGAGAUAACAGACAGAGGUCCCAGUCUGUGGAAUCAAAUCCUGAAGAAGAUUAUAGGGAAGAGAAUAAUGUUAAAAUUGUGGAGAGACAAGAGAAAAGAGAUAAACCGAAAAAUCAAAAUGUUUAUAAUGAAAACCAAUCUAACGUUAAUGAUCACUCUGAAUAUUCACAACAGAAUAGAUUUAAUCAGCCCCAUAAGGUAGGCUCUGGAAGGAUGAUGAAGCAACAAAAUAAAAAAGAAAUAAAGGACUCCGAUUACAAAGGGUUUACAAACAAAACUAGACAGCAAAGAGGAAUGAGAAAUGACCAACAGAAAGUGUUACCUCCUCGUAACUUCAGAAAAGAUAAUAAUGAAUUUAUUCAGAGCCAAAACUUUACUAACAAAAAUAAUACUCAUAAUCAGAUUGGUGAAAUAGAAAAAGAAAUGAGUCAAAUGAAUAUUCAGGAGGGAUCUUUUAAAAAUAAUAAACAAGGUGGCAGCAGUAAUCAGAACAGACAAGCCAGUGUUCCGCCACGUUUACAACAGUCUGAACAGAAAGGGUCUAAGAGAUAUAGUUCUAUGCGACAAAGAUCGUUACCGGAAACUGGUACUCCGCCUACAGCGAAUUUUAGUUUUUAUCCAAGUGAUUAUAACUCUGCUGCUCCUCCGCCCGCCAGUCAGCAGCCGAUUCUGACAGCCCCUAUACCACCGCCCGCCUUGGUGGCCCAACAGGUGCCGGUGACGGCCGCGCCACCUCUGCUACAGGCACCGUUCCCUCCGGGGGCGGCGUUUCCACCUCAACCCCCACCACAGGCAUAUCUGCAAGCCGGGCCGCCGCCCCCGUUUAUCGCGGCGCCGCCCGCACAACCGCAGAUCGUCGGAUACGUGGCCGGGGCUCAGCCUCCUUUUGUACAAAGCUACCAGGGCCAGUUCAACGCUGUGACUCAGCCUACUGAUUUGUACCAACCUCAAGGAGGUAUAACGUACUAUUCUACGGAUCAGCAAGUAAUUCAAAGAUCCGUACCCCAAAAGAGGCCUAAGGCAGCUAUUCCCAUUGUGGCGCCUAUGGAUUUCAAAGAGAACAAAGAUCAAAAAGAUGGCGUCAGCAGUACGAAUGUCAACGAAACUCAGUUGCAAGAAUGAAUUAGAUCCUAGGUUAUAGUUGAUUUCAAAUGAAAAAAAAACGGAAUUUUUAAAAUAACUUUUUUUAUUAUUUAAUAUUAUUUUAUUAGAUCACUAUGUCAAGCAUGAAUCUAUGGAUUCAAUGCAAAUUUAUUUGAACCAUCACUAGUAGGAAAUCACUUCCAUUUGUUUAUAAUUAGCACAAACUUUUUUCGGGUAUUUUAAAUUGUUAAAUUGAUUUAUUAUUUUUUUAUUUUUUUUAUUUCUUCAUACCAAUAUGGCAACUUUUAAUCGUGCUCUGUAUAUUUAACACUGGCUAAUAUUAAAAACUUUAAGAAUUUGUCCUUAUUCAAAAUGUCAUAUAUGUAUAUGCAUGAUAUUUAACUGUAAAUUAUCAUAAAUUAGUCGGUUUUAAGAACAGUAUGCUUUUUUAAUUGUGGGAAUCUUUAAAAAAUAGAAUAUAAGAAUAUAAACAAUAUCAUUAUACUUAUCGUCAUAUUAGAAAUAAUUUAAAAAGAGUAGGAUAGAUAUGUUAUUUAUUUAUGUAAUGC